CAUCAUGGCGGCGGCACGCGAGGCAGGCGCGAGAGUGGAAUUUGGAAAUAUGCGGAGGAGAAAACGUCGAUUAACCGCAGACAGUGAAGUAUUUCGGGUGUGUGAAGGAGCGCGGUCCGGUGUCUGUGCUGCCGCGGGGUUUUCAUUCGAAGCUAAAGCUAACUGCAGAAACUUCCUGCCAACUAAGGCACUGGAACUUAGCUAGGCUAACAUGCUAAUCUGCUUCCCCACAGCAGCCGGUCCCCUCGCUGGACUGACUCAACACGGACAAGCUGUCCCUGAUGGAUCCGUGAAAACUGAACCGGAGUCCGGACUGUGAGGAACCAAAGGAAGCACAGACCUGAUGUCCUGACGUGAACCACCCAGGACCAGGAUCACUGUGAUCUGAUCCCCUCCCCCUCCCACCCCCAGACUCAUCGGACUGACAGAUCGACCUCAGUGACCCACUGAUGACGAACCUGUGACGUCAUCAGUGACAUCAGACCUCCACCAUGAUGUUUGCUGUUCCACACACUGCAGACUGAACCUGAUGCCCACAGCUGGAUGCCCACAGCUGGAUGCUCCCAGUGAGCAGAGGAUGUGUGUGGCUGUGGGUUAGGGUUAGUGAAUGAAAACCUGAUGUGACUGUAACAGCUCCUGAUCCUGCAGCUCUGCAUAUGUUGAAAUGGUCAUGUGAACAUCUUCAUGUGUUUCUCAUACAUUUAAUAAAGAUUCCUUUUGCUUUGUCUCCAUUUGUUGUAGUUCAGUAUGAGAAGAUUUGUCCUGACAGAAACUGUCCAAAGGAUCAGUGGCACGUUCAUUAGUUUAUUACAUCUGUUAACUUUACAUGAGACAUAAAAGCCAACGGGAUUUAAAGAGGACGGGAGGAGACAGGAAGCUGAACGAGAACAAACCAGAUCCUGUUGGAGAUGAACAGUCAGGUGGUUCCCUCCGAGCCGACUGAGGUGGAAGCACCUUUCUGUGUUUCUCCGCCCACUGACAGACACGCGGGAGACGUGCUCCCGAGCAGGCCGGCGUGUAGUGACGUUUGUAGGCAGGUGAGCUGAGGUAGACGCUGACCUUUCCCUUCACCUCCUGUGGAAGCGGGACGAGUUUCGUCUUCACCGGGUUGGACAGAGUGACACAGACUUUACCUGAGGGCGUGAGCAGGACAGGGUGCGCUCCGUGUCCGGUCCCGCUGAUGUACAGGAGGUUCAGGGCUGCAGGUCACGUGGAGUCUUUAACUCAGUGAACCUGCGAGUUUGUUCCAUUAAACCAAAUUCCAUGGAAAUAAACGUUAAUUUAAAGUUUGUGUAUUGAUAACAUUAACACAGUCUGUGUUUUUACACAAAUACUGGAAGACUUUUUAUAUGCACGCCCUUCUCACUGUGCGUGCGUGUGUGUGUGUGUGUGUGUGUGUGUGUGUAGGUGAACUUCUACCCGGAAGUCCACAGCUGCAGCAGCAGAAGUUGCUCCUGUUAGCUCCUGGACUCAUCAGUCGGUCAACCUUAAAAACGAAACCGUCGGAUUUUCGUUGAGCCGCUGAUCUGGCGGGAUGGAGAUCGGCUCGGCUUUACCGUUGCUGCUCUCUGCCUGUAGGGGGCAGUUUGCUGACAUCAGGUCUGCAGCUAAUGAAGGAAACGCUUUUUCAGGAUGCAGCUGAAGAACUCGGAAAGAUUCGGAUCAAAAAGGAGCCAGAUGGAGACGUUGAGAUCCUGUCAUAUCCCCUCCUCAAGAAGCUGUCCGUCAAACUGACUGACUGCAGAGUGUGGCUGGAGGGGCGGGACUUCCUGUCUCUGGAUGAUCACCCUCAGCUCUGUAACCACACAUCAAGGCAGCACCGCCCAACGAAUACCGGCAGGAAGAUGGUCUACUGCUCCGAGUGUAAGAAAGGUUUCUAUAAGAAGUCUCACCUGGAGGCUCAUCUGAAGAUCCACCGAGGACUGAAACCCAACGAGUGCUGGCAGUGUGGUAAAACCUACCCCACCCUGAUGAGCCUCGUCAUCCACCAGCAGAUCCAUGACCGCAAGGAACCCUACCAGUGCUCAUACUGCGACAAGACCUUCGCUCUGAAGAGGGACUGGAAGACGCAUCACGGAACACACUCUGGGACCAAACCCUUCAAGUGCUGGUUCUGUGGGGACGGCUUCAGCGAGCAGGAUGAGCUCACCAAACACCUGGAGGUGCACAAGGGGGAGAAAUGCUACCACUGCAAAGUCUGCGACAAGAUGUUCGUGUCCUACCAGGGCUUCAACUUCCACCGCAAGUCGCACAAGAGCCAGAAGCUGCUGCCCUGCCCUAAAUGCAUGAAGACCUUCAGCAACCCUCAGAGUCUGAAGCUCCACCAGGUGACUCACUCCAACAGGAAGCCGCAUAAAUGCCCCACCUGCGGCAAAGGCUUCAAGCUGCUGAGUGGCCUGUGCUGCCACCAAAGGACCCACGAGGACUUGAAGGCCUACCACUGCAGUGAGUGCGGAAAGUGUUUCUCCAGCCUCCAGGGCCUGAAACUGCACAACCGCACCCACACUGGACUGAAGCCUUACAAAUGCAUAGAGUGCGGGAAGAGGUUCACCCAGUCCCCCCACCUCAAAUCUCACAUGGUCACCCACACUGGAGAGCGGCCAUUCCUGUGCACCACCUGCGGCAAGAGGUUCACCCAGUCGUCCCACCUGAGAUCCCACAUCACGCUGUUCCACGUGGGCGAGAAACCGUUCACCUGUGACGACUGCGGGAAAAGCUUCACCAUUGCCCACUACCUGAAGAUGCACCGGCUGAGCCACACCAAAGAGAAGCUGUACCAGUGCUCGUACUGCGAGAAGUCCUUCUCCUACCACAACUCCUGGAGAGCCCACGAGAGGAUCCACACCGGGGAGCGUCCGUUCAGCUGCCAGGACUGUGGCCAGAGCUUCAUCACCUCGGGCUCACUGCUGAGCCACCAAAGAUCCAAACACACCGGAGAGAAGAGCCACUACUGCAUCACGUGCGGGGAGUUCUUCUUCACCAGCUCGCUGCUGCGGGUCCACCAGCUCAACCACACCGGCGAGCGGCCGCACAUCUGCAGCUGCGGCAAGACCUUCAAGACCAAAGGAGUGCUGCGCUACCACCUGAAGAGGUUCACCGACCACCGGCCAGCUGAGUGAGCGUCAGCCAUGAAACACAAGCUGUGACUGCCCAGAAACACCUGUGACAGAGGUUUUCAGACUGUGAGGUCUCCACAGAGGGGAGCGGGGGGGUGAGGAGGGAGAGGGGCGACAGGUGCAUUCAGUGUAAAACAACUGGAUGUUGUUAGUUUGUCAGCAGGUGGAGCUGCAGCAAUGACACAGAUCAUGGAAGAGAUGAAGAUUCUUCGAAACAGACACAGAUUAACGUUAGAGUCAGACCUGAACCCACAGACCUGAGACACGCUAAUAUGAUUCAGUGACUUCACUUCCUGAGGAGAUCAUCAUCUCUGAUGUCCAUCCUGCAGAACUUCAUUCAGAAUCCUGCUGUUUUUAAGUUUCCUUCAGUCUCACAGUGAUCCAGUGAGAGGAGUCUGUUCAUCCAUGGUUCACCCCAGACAGGAGCUGAUCACAGCUCAUUCAGCUGCGUUUAGAUAAAUGGAAACAAAUAGAAGCUAAAUAACUGGCCUCGCGUUGCAGCCUCAGGUGUGUCUGUUUUGUUUGGAAAGGCAGUCAAAGUGCGGCUCAGUGAACAAACACAGGAGCUUUCUGUCAGCAGCUCCAGGUUUUCCUCUUUUCAGAGUGUUUGUGGAUCUUUAAACCAGAAGCUGCUUUUACAGAACUAUUCAUUUUACCAGUGUGUGUAUUUUUUCUGAAGUCACACUCAUUGUUAAAAAACCUGCUCACACAAACAUGGAAACAGGUCUGAGGAUCCCAGUCACAGCUGUUUUACUUUAGCUUUGUUUUUCAGGGAAAAUGAAAUGAUAGAAAUGCUUUAACACGUCUGCUCAUCACUCCCUCUGUUUCUGUCUGCUCGUCUCAGACGUUCCUGAAAAAACACAAACACUGAGACUAAACACUAAGAAACCAGAAGCACACUGACGUGAAGAACUGGACACGUGGACGUCACACGUGUCCAGCCAGCAGCUGGUCAGCGUGGAGAAGAAAUUUAAAAUGUGGACUCGAGUCAUGUGACCUGAAGAAAAAAGAAAGACUAGCAUCUGAACUUUGACUUUAACACUAACGACUCGAGGUUUAGCUUUUAGACUGUGAAUGACCCGAUCUCCUCCUCAGCACGAAAAAUAAAACAAUACUCAUGUACCACAGAUAAACUGCAUCAGUCUGACUGCAGCAGAUCAGAAAGACCAACAAUGACUUCGUUAUGAUCUGGAACACUAAGUUCAGGACCUGGUCCUAACCUGGGAACUUUUGGUGUGGACUCGGAACUUGUUGGUCUUGACCCGGGACAUGUUGGGCCGGACUCUGGUCUGGGGACUGUGUGAUCACUGCAAACCUGCCGCCUCGUCUCUCUGAGCUGGUGCAGGGAUGAAUUUUGUGCCUUUCGAGGCUCCGUACAGAAGCAAAGCUGUGAACUCAGCUCCAUGUCAUCAUGUUUUCUCUUUCACAAUAAAAGCCAAAAACUGUACAGAGCAUGUAUCUCUGUUCUCUUCAGUGUCCCUGUUAGAUCCAGGAUCUGUAUGAUGACGUAAUCUUAUCUGGUCCAUUACCUGAGACCUGUGACUGAGGCUGCACCGUUUUACUCGAGCUUUUUAGUUUUGUUUUACUUGUGGUUCAUUUUGCAGAGUCAGCACAACAGACCAUGAAGCACCGUGGUCUGGAGUGGACCUCAGAGCGAGUUCACCUGAGGCUCACUGAGCUGCAGAGAGGCCCUGAGACACUAUGACGAUGUAUGGUUUUCAAAAUAAGGUUAACAAAGGAUGUACCAAAUACAUUUAUGGAAAUAAUGUUGGAUUGCCAUGUUACCUG